CGGAAUACUUGACGCAGAAGUGACGCUCAACUCGAAGAACCUGCAAAUCGAAUAAUUGUCGAUUUUGAUUUCCAUACAUUGGGAGCAGUGAGCCUGCGCUUCCUUAUCUUUGACACCUUCAUGGCUCUUCCGUUCAAUUCUCUGAUAUACUCGUACAAAAUCAGUAGACACAGACCCUCUAUUCCAUUCUCGUCUGCCUAUCUGUUUCCCACUUCUUACAGUCCAAUCUCUCUUCCUUCCUGCAGAUUGAAGCUUCCAAAACGCAGGUGCAAUCGGGUAGUUUCGUCUGUGGUUUCCGAAAAGAACUCGGUCGAUUCGAGUUUCUCUGGCACUGAUUUAUUCAAACUCACUUACUUGGAGGGGAAUAGCUGGUUGUGGGAUGUUGGUGGAUCGAAAAUUUUGGUCGAUCCAAUCUUGGUUGGUAACCUGGAUUUUGGAAUUCCUUGGCUUUACGAUGCAGCCAAGAAGUUUUUGAAGAAUUUUCAGCUUAGAGAUCUUCCGGAAAUCAAUUGUUUACUCAUUACACAAAGCCUUGAUGAUCACUGCCACCUGAAGACCUUGAAGCCGCUGUCUGAAAUGUUCCCAAAUCUUCCAGUGAUAGCAACUGCCAAUGCAGAAACAAUGUUGAGCCCCCUUUUCAGAAAUGUUACAUAUUUGGAACCUGGUCAAAGCUCUGAAAUUGAAGGCGUGAAUAAUUCUAAAAUCACAAUCAGGGCCACUGCAGGACCUAUUUUGGGCCCUCCAUGGCAGCGACCAGAAAAUGGGUAUCUCAUCAUUUCUCCACAAGGCCAGUUAACUCUCUACUAUGAACCUCACUGUGUCUAUAACCCAGCAUUUCUGGAAAAGGAGCAGGCUGACAUAGUAAUCACUCCAGUUAUAAAGCAAUUGCUGCCUAAUUUCACAUUGGUUUCUGGACAAGAAGAUGCAGUUCAGCUGGCAAAGCUGCUUAAGGCCAAAUUCAUUGUGCCUAUGAAAAAUGGGGACCUUGAUGGCAAAGGAUUUCUUGCGAGUAUAAUUCAGGCUGAAGGAACAAUAGGAUCAUUCAAGGAGUUGUUAUCAAAAGAGCUACCAGAUGCACAGGUACUAGAGCCAACCCCUGGUGUACCACUAGAAAUUUCUGCUACAUCGUCCCGUAGUGUACCUUGCCUGCUCGAUGGCUAAAGGAUUUGCAAUGUCUUCUAGAUAUGUAUGAGAUCAACUAUGUGCUUUAUUAAUUAUUAGAUACAUCUUCAUUCCUGUGUC